UCUGCCGCGUCGGUUGUGCCAAAUCGCACGAGCGGAGAAAAACUGGCUAACGGUUCUUGCCGACGGCUCAAAACGGUAGAUAACAGUGCUGUCGCAAACAAACUAUUAAUUUCUCAACCAAAACCCGGCCUAGCAACGCCCAAUCGAAAAUAUCAACAAAAAACACUGAGAAAACCGAGAGCUGAAAAUGCAAAUGCAAAACUUUACAAACCCAUUGCUGAGUAUGGAGAUUUUAGGCAAAAUGCGUGCAAUUAUUCAACGCAUGACAACCAAUUAAUUGGCGAAAGAGAGCGCGAGCAAACACAGCCCGCGGCAACAAGUCUCGAGAGCAGACCCCCAGAAGAUACAUGGCAAUCUGGGGAGCCGGUUAACGUCUCAACUCAGAAAAAGCCAAGUGCAUCGGAAAAGCAACAACAAACGGAGCGGCACUUGACCGCUUUUCCGAGCGAUUCGGCGACGGCCAAGCGGCUAAUCCCGCCCAGAAAACUCCGCUCACCAUCGCCAUCGACAUCGCGAUGAUUUAUGCAGCUAUUUCUGGUGGAAUAUUCUGCAGGGCUCGCAAAUAAUUGACAUCAGAGUGCUGGUUGUUGCACACAUGUUUGAUAUGUAAACCGCGGGUCGUGCAAACAAUAGUGUCAACACACGAUAUUGCACCCCACGAUUUGAGGACUAUUAGGGGCACAUAUUGGUAUAGUGACCCCCGAACCUCCAGGACGGAGUGGCUCUGGAUGGAGACAGCCUGCGGGUGCCGGGGCCCACGAGACGCACAGGAGUCCACUGGAGCGAACUUGGCAUCGGUACCGCCAUCGUCAGCCGCUUUGGCCACCGGUUGCCACUCACAACCGCAGCUUCAGCAACGGCAGCCACAUCAACAACAUGGCCAUAAAGCAACAGCACCCAGCGAGCUGUAAUUCAUGGUUACAACUACCCAACAAACUGCUGAUAUUGGUGGUGAACACAGAUACACACCCAUCGCAAAAGUACCGCCAUGAAUGAGACAGAGUGCGAGGAUCUCAUCAAAUCUGUGAAAUGGACGGAACCAGCCAAUCUGAUCUCCCUGGCCGUACUCGAGUUUAUCAACGUUCUGGUCAUCGGUGGCAACUGCCUUGUGAUUGCCGCCGUCUUCUGUUCGAAUAAGUUACGCAGCGUGACGAACUUCUUUAUCGUCAACCUGGCCGUGGCCGACCUUCUGGUGGGUCUGGCGGUGCUACCCUUCUCGGCCACCUGGGAGGUCUUCAAGGUUUGGAUUUUCGGCGAUCUCUGGUGCCGCAUUUGGCUGGCCGUCGACGUCUGGAUGUGCACGGCAUCGAUCCUGAACCUGUGUGCCAUAUCCCUGGACCGCUAUGUGGCGGUCACGCGACCCGUCACCUACCCAAGCAUCAUGUCCACGAAGAAGGCCAAGUCCCUAAUCGCCGGCAUUUGGGUACUAUCAUUUUUUAUUUGCUUUCCGCCGCUAGUCGGCUGGAAGGAUCAAAAGGCGGUCAUACAGCCGACCUAUCCAAAGGGAAACCAUACGCUUUACUACACCACCACGAUGUCAAGCUCGGAGGAUGGUCAACUAGGGUUAGAUAGCAUUAAGGAACAGGACGAGGCCUCGGCGCCUCCGCCGCAUGUGGGCAAUGGCAAUGCGUACAAUCCCUACGAUCCCAACUUCGCCCCCAUGGAUGGAUCCGCGGAGAUACGGAUUGCGGCCAUGGGCUCGACCAGUACGACCAGUAGUACAACCAGCAGGACGACGACCAUGAUGACUUCGACGACGGAAACGGAAAUGGACCUCGAUCUGCUGAACUCUCCGCCGCACAACAGACCCCAGACCAUUUCCGGCAGCUGUCCCUGGAAGUGCGAGCUGACCAACGAUCGGGGCUAUGUCCUGUACUCCGCCCUGGGCUCCUUCUACAUACCCAUGUUCGUGAUGCUCUUCUUCUACUGGCGCAUCUAUCGAGCCGCCGUGAGGACCACCAGGGCCAUCAAUCAGGGCUUCAAGACCACCAAGGGUUCCAAGGGCAUCGGCUCGCGCUUCGAGGAGCAGCGCCUGACACUGCGCAUCCAUCGGGGAAGGGGCUCCAACCAGCAGGACUCCAUGCACAGCAAUGGCAGCACCCAGAGCACCACCACCACCCUGGGCACCCCCUCGCCGGAGAGGCUGUCCAAGUACGCCACUCGACGACUGCACCACCACGACAAGAUCAAGAUCUCCGUCUCCUAUCCCUCCAGCGAGAACAUUAACGAGCUGGCCGGGCACGGCGACGGGAGUCACGAGCGGCGGCCAUCGGGAAAUGCCCUGUUUGCCGUCCACUACAAUGGAGCAAAUGGUCGAGAGUCCACCGAGUCGCAGCUCUACCGGCAGCAGCAGCAGCACGGAGGAGCCAGCACCUGCUACCUGCAGGUGGGCAAGGGUCUGCCGGAGCUGGCCAGGCGGCAGAGCAACACCAGCGAGGCUGGAGGAUCGGGACACUCGCGUCCUGCCAACAAGAAGAUGGGCAGGCGGAACAUCAAGGCCCAGGUGAAGCGAUUCCGCAUGGAGACCAAGGCGGCCAAGACGCUGGCCAUCAUCGUCGGGAUGUUCAUCUUCUGCUGGUGCCCCUUCUUCACCAUGUACAUCAUCCGGCCAUUCUGUCAGGACUGCGUGGAUCCCCUGCUCUUCUCGGUGCUCUUCUGGCUGGGCUACUGCAACUCUGCCGUGAAUCCGAUGAUCUAUGCCCUGUUCUCCAAGGACUUCCGCUUCGCCUUCAAGCGGAUCAUUUGCCGGUGCUUCUGCUCCCGCCAGUCCGUCUCGCUGAAGAGUUCCCGCCGCGGAUCAGACAUGUCGGCCAUCCGCAUCCGGGCCAGGACGCCCAGCAUCACGCCCAGUGCGGCGGCCCACAGCUUUGGGGACGAGAGUGAACUCCACCACUCCGAGAUGAGCAACGAUCCCAGGUGACGAUCGUUUGGGCCCAGCUCGAGCUCACAGAGCAGCUUGGGUGGGUUGCGCAAGACGAGUCUGAAGGUGCCCGUCUACGAGAUUUGCCAUCCGCUGGUGAUGGAGACGGCCUGCUACUCCUAUGUGGAGGCCACCACCGAGGGAUCCGCCUCCUGCUCCGUAGUUGGCGGAGGAGCUGGAGGAGGUGGCGCCAAGCGGACGCAGUUGUAGCCGCGGGAGCUGUUGGCGCUGCGGGGAACGGGAGUGGGAUCGGGAUUGGGGGCGAUUCCCUUGCCGGGGCAGCGGCCAAGACGCGUGGUUCGCAUCGAGUAUAGCGAUGCCAGGGUAUAGGAUUUCAAAUGCUAGGAUACACUGAGUGACUGCUUAAUGCAGAAAAAGUUUGCCAUUUUAAAUGGAAAUUUAUUUAAUGAUCUUUGUUCAAGGAUGUUAGUUAGUUAAAAAACCAUUUAUUUCAAAAAUACUUACUUAUUUAACAACUUGACAUUUUUACAAAAUGAACCCAUUAGAGAACAUAUUUAAAAGGAUCUUUCAUGAUCCCCUUUCUUUUUAUAACCUUAUAACCACUUUGAAGACUGUUUAUAACAGAACAAAGUUAACAGCAUAGAGAAUUCCACUUUGCGAAAUACUAAUAUUUCUUUUUUGUAAUAAUAUCUUUAAAUUUAAAAUGAUUUUUGAAAAAUGAUAGAAAACAGACGUAUUCAGUGGCUUUCUCAACAAGGCUUCUUUAUAUUUUCCUAAGCUUUUCCUUAGUGUAGAACUCAGCCUUUCAUGUGGCUGAACUGGCAGCUUGAGCGGCAUUUGAAGCAAUCCUUUGACGCGAAAGGAAGCAGGAUGGACAGGUUCCGCCAGCGGAUUUGGCCUUGCUUUGAGCAACUGCCUCGGUAAGCCAACCAUUGAGCAUUGUACAUAGACAUCAGGGGAAGCCUGCUCCGCCCUAACCUAACCUAAGAUGGCCAAAUGGCGACGGGUUGUGUAAAUAUAUAGUCUAGCUAGGAUAUCACUGGCACUUGAGAGUUGUACCUUUUAACUUCCGCAUGAAUAUUGAUAUCUGGUUGUUACCGACUAAGCAGAAACCAAAUUGUUGCUAAGCGCAAAUAAAACGUUACCCAGUGCUAAACAAACUCGUAACUAGUAAAGUGUUAAUGUUGUACUCUCUAGGCCCGAGGAGAUUAUUCUGAGAUAUAUCUGUGUCGCGAUUACCUUACAUGUUAAAUGCAAUAAACGAACCUACGAAGCCUACCAAAAACCCAAUGUACGCCUAGGGGCAUAUGCAUAUACUAUACCAAUAUACGAUCCUCAAGUUAAACGUUUUUUGUGCUACAAAUAAAGGAAGUUUCAUUUAUUCGGCAACUUAAA